AAGAUCGAUUUACACCCCGUCAGGGGACUCGAAUGAUCUCGGCGCUGGGUUUCUCCCUCCCGGGACCUGGGCGCUCAGUCCGCCCGGAGAUGGCGAGGCAUUGGUUUGUCCUCCUCCGGCCCCAGCGGGAUACAGGGAGCUGCCAUCAAAAGCCUCCGCCCCGCGGAGCUUUCGCCUUGCCCCAUUGAGCCCCGCUGCUUCUGCUCUGCAACGCGCAGGGCCCGACUACUGCGGGCCGGGCUGGGCGCUGCGGGGGCGUUUGCGAGCGCAGCGGGCGGCGCGUUUCCUCCUGGCGCGCCGCGCAGGGGACGGAGUUCACCUGCAGGAAGGAGAGGAGGGCCGGGCUGGGGACGGUCGCAGAGGGCUCGCCCAGUGCGGAGGCGGAACCAGGUGCCGGGCUGGGGCCUCCGCUGGGCAGUAGCCAGGCGGGCGCUCCUGCCGCACCCCGCGGACAGCCAGAGGGACCCCGAGGCCCUGGCCAUGGCCCGGCGUUUCCUGGCGCUGGUGGCCGGCUGCCUUCUCUGGUCGAGUCACUCGGCAUUUGGAAUAGUGCCAGAACCAAAAAAUGUAACAAUUAAUUCAGUUAACUUGAAAAGCACUCUACAGUGGGAUCCACCUACUUUUCACAAAGAAAAUAUUACUUAUACAGUCGAGUAUAUAAGUAGUAUUUUUAACAGGAAUGUGUGUGUGAACAUUGUCAUCACGGAGUGUGACUUCUCUUCUCUGCCUGUAUAUGGAAACUACACCUUGCGAGUCAGGGCUGAAUCAGAAAAUGAAAAGUCAGACUGGGUGAACAUCAUCUUUAAGCCAAUCGAUGACACAAUCAUUGGACCACCUGAUGUAAAAGUGAAAUCUGAAUCUGGAUCUUUGCAUGUAGAUUUCACAGGCCCUGUCGCUGUACAAGAGUCGCAUGUGUGGCCUUUAAAUAAAUAUUAUGGCUCUUGGGUUUACAGGGUGCUAUACUGGAAGAAAGGCAAUAGUGAAGAGGUUAUAACCACAGAUACUAAAUAUAACUCAGAAAUAUUAUCUGAUUUGGACCCUUGGACAAUAUAUUGCCUUCAAGUUCAAGCAGUUAUUCCUGAAUGGAACAAAACAGGAAAACUGAGUGAAGAGUUCUGUGAUAGGACAACUGAUAAUGGUGUAACUCCAGUGUGGAUAAUUCUCACUGUUCUUGUAGGAUCAAUGUUGGUUGUUCUAGUAUCAGUUCCUGCCUGUUUCUUCAUCUUUUCAUAUAUAUAUCGACAGGCCAGAUAUGUCUUCUGCCCGACUUAUUCUUUUCCACAACAUCUGAAGGAGUUUUUGAGCAAGCCUUCCUACAGUUCACAAUUUCUUUCGCCACGCUUACCAGAAGAGGAUCACUCCUUUGACAAGUUAACUGUUAUUUCAGAAGAAUCUGAAAACUGUAGCGAUGAGACAAGCAACAGAAAGGAGCAGCUUCAGGACUCCCAAGAAGAGAUUUCUAUUGCAGAAAAAGUUUCAGCUUUUGAAAAGGGAUCAAGUUCAGUCUUUAUACCUGAUUCAGGCUGAAAACAAAUACCCAAACAGACAAUUAAAUACGACUUUAUAUUGAGAAUGCAGUAGCAAGCACUUGAUAAAAUUCCAGAUUUAAAAUGUCUAAAGAGAAUUUCGUCAAUUAUAUUUAUUUUUCAACUCUGAGAAACAUUAUUAUAAAUGAGUCCUGAAGUGGGAUGCAAUUUUUAGCCACUCAUUUUUAAUGACUUAUUUAUAACCUGUGGCACUAAUUAUAUUGCACUAUAAUAUGGUGCUUCUUGUAAAGUAAGUAUUAAAUAUAUAAUUCUUUAUUUUUAUUUUAUUGAAUAUUAUUAAAGUUAAUCAGAAUUAUGAACAGCACAGCAUAGUUUUCAAAGGAAACUUUUCCUUUCCAAGAAAACUUUGAGAUUUAACUGAUUUUAGUAUGAAAAUCUUUGUAUUUUGUUUCAGUGGUUGGCUUAAAAUCUGACUAAUAGUGAGUAGAAUAAUAUUUUAUAUUUGAUUUAUACAUGACACUAAAAUUAUGAAGUUUUUCUUGAUAGGUACCACUUUAAUAAAAUAGUAGCAAACAAUUUCAAUAUGUUUUAAAUGUGAGAAAUUACUUAUGGGCCAUACUUCAUCAUAGGCUUACAGUGGGGCAAUGGAGCUAUGACAGUUUACACCCUUUAAGGAUCUGCCCCUAGUUCUUAUAGCAAGUCACAUUGAGCCUAACCCAAAAUCACUGAAGUCAAUGGAAAGACUUUCCAGGAAACGGGGCUAAAUAUUAAACUCGCCUCCAUGAAUCUGCUAGACCAUAUAACUUAAUUAAUAGUCAGUUCAGAAAUGGUCAGUAGCUAGGCUAUGUUGCUGUGUACAUAAAAAGAGGAUAGUUGCUGCAUGGGCUAAGAAAAAUAAUAUUGGGCAUAUAGUUUGCUCUUACUUUAAUAGAAACAAAUCUUUCAAGUGCUGCAAAGUUAUCUGAACAUACUGUAUUAUAUUUCUGCAAAAUGUCAAAUUUUUCCUCAGCAAAAAUGGAUUGCAAUGAGUAUAUUAUGUAUAAAACAUAAUUUGUUAUGUGGGUGACAAAAUUCAUUGCCCUAAUUUUUGUUUUUAUUAUAGGGAUAGGAUAAAUUUUUAUCUUUUAGAGAACUAAUUCAGAAAGAAUACAC